CCUUUCCAGACAGAGGACGAUCCUUUGACCUAGAAGGAUUUAAAUAUGAGAAACUUACCAACUUGCCUCGGACUGAAGAAGCUACUUGGAUGAGUAGUGAAUGUUUUUAUCUAACAAGAAAGUCCAGUUGCAACGACUCAACUCACGGACUUUCUCCAGCCACACAUUCAUUGAAAUGUACAAGACUUAUUGAGGAUUUAUACUGUUCAUUAGCCACAUGACAUUUCCGGAGGUUGUCCAGAGUUCCAUACUGAGAUUACCUGAUGGCUAAUUAACUCUGUGUAUUGGGAUUGUGGCACCCAGUCAUGGACAGACACAUACCCAGAUUAUCACUUAUCUUUAUUUUAUUGGCACUAUUAGGAUUUAUACUGCUCAUUAGAAACAUUAAAUCUCUGGAGAAAUUAAAUAGUCAAUUAAUGUCAACCUCCUACAAAACACAGAGCAACAUCCACUCAGCCGUUAAGCCUCAUAAAAUCUUGUGGCCCUUCAUGGUAAAGCAUACACAUUGUGCGCAGAUUGGCCAGAAGCCCACAGCACAAGAGGCCAAAGAAGAGCAAAUUCUACUCAAUUCCAUUGCAUGGCCAGGUCCCCUGGUGCAAGGCCUGCCUGUGGAGUUUAGCAGUGACCCUGCCAAGAGUUAUUUUGUGAUUCAGGGGCCCGCAGAGCAGCACAUAGGUGGUCAGCUUGUGGUUCAUGUCUAUAUGCAGAACUUCUUGGGCCUGCCUAAGAAACAUGGUGGAGAUUUCCUGAUAGCCCGGCUGCAUUCACCUGAGUUAGGUGCUGGAGUUGCAGGGAAGGUUUACGAUCAACAAAAUGGAAACUAUACUGUGUUGUUCCCAUUAUUGUGGACUGGAGUAGUGUGGGUGGAAAUCACCAUGGUGCACCCGAGUGAGGCAGUGGUGGUACUUAAGAGGUUGCACAAGGAGCACCCAAACAGAGGAAUUUUCAAAAGUCUGUUCCGCUCUGGUGAGGUCUCAGAGACAAGAUUAUGUAAAAUGUGCCUACCGCUGAACCAUCAACCACUCUGCAACUAUACUGAUCCUGAAACUGGAGAGCCCUGGUUCUGCUUCAAACCAAAGAUGCUAGGCUGUGACACACGAGUUACACAUUAUAAAACAGACAUAAAGCAAAAACUCAUAACAGAAUAUGAAGAACAGUUCUUCCAGAGUGGUCUGAACCUCAAAUGUCCUAUAGAUGCAUCAGGGAUGGGCAAUGUGACUGUGUUACCUGCUGAAGAGGGACAAACAAAAGUGAAAAACUAUCAGACUGCUUCUGGAUAUUAUUAUAAUGAUUCCUGGAUGCCUUUGAACGCCAUGGAUAUGCAGCAGUUUAGGGACUCAGCAGCCAUAACCAAUUGUCUUAAAGGGAAGAUUGUAUAUAUGCUUGGAGAUUCAACUGUACGGCAGUGGUUUCAGUACCUCACUGCAUUUGUUCCUAACCUGAAAAGGUUUGAUCUCUACAGUUCAAAGAAAGACGGGCCAUUUGUGGCUGUGGACAGUAACAACAACAUUAUGGUCAGCUACCGCUCCCAUGGCCCACCCCUUUAUUUUAAUACACUGUUCACUUCUGAACUGCGCUAUGUUUCAAAUGAGCUAGACAGGAUUGAGGGUGGGCCAAAUAUUGUGGUACUUUUAAGUGUGGGGGCUCAUUUUAACUCCUACCCUGUUGAGGUUUAUAUACGGAGACUCCGGCACAUCCGCAGGGCCGUGGUGCGGCUGCUGAAACGUGAGCCAGCUACUUUAGUAAUGAUCCGCACUAUCAACAUGAGGGAACUAAACUUAGAGAUCAGCUUGUCGAACAGUGACUGGUUCUCUCUGCAGCAGAAUGCUGUACUACAAGCUAUGUUUAAAGGACUUAAAAUAAAGAUCCUGGAUGCCUGGGAGAUGACUUUGGCCCACUACCUACCUCAUGCCAUACAUCCACCCCCCGCUAUUAUCGGAAAUAUGAUGGAUCUAAUCCUCUCUUGUAUCUGUGCAUCUGAAAAACCAACAAGUGUUUAAAAAUC